GUAAUAAGGUUCAAUAUUUAGGUUACAUACAAUUGUGUUCAUCUCGAAAUACGUAAAAAACAAAAUAUAUAUGGCGUAUACAAUAUUCACAGUAAACACAUUUCAGAUUCUUGUAGAUGGGCGUUUUAAUUAAGCACAGAAACAACUGUUUACAUUUAGUUGGAUGCUUUUCUUUAGCCGAAAGGUUUUUGAAAUGUGUUAAAAGUUGUAUUGGAGGUUCUCAUAUAGGUCUAAAGAGUACAUCCUGCUGGGUUGUAACCCUGUGUAGUUCGGAAGAAGCCAAACAUUUCGGGGAACAUAGCGGUCCUGUCUUUAUGGCUUGGCGAUAGGUAACGCAUCGGGCCUUCCACAAAUUCCAUGGUGUUACAACGCAAAACCGACAUUCACCGCUGUAAGAACCUGAAAUCCAUCGUCAGUAAUCUUGAAAGCAUAGGGGUGAAAAGUAUGAGUAGUGUACCACUGUCACACUAAAACCAACUUAAAUGAGUUUCUUACAUUUUGCACCUAAAAGUUGUAUAUGUGCUGGAAGUUUGAAAAUUGAUGAUGUUCAAUCUGGGAGACCUACUAUAGAGGAGUCAGAUUGUGGUGAUCGCUUCAAGUUGAUAAUUCCAUAUGCUGGUCAGUCCAUUACUUGGGAGGUUGUCUUCAACAGUGUUUUACUGCAUUUCCCUCCAGACUUUUGUUUUGAUGAUGACACAUUUCUGUCUGAUCCAGAAGUUGGAAUAAUUGAGGAAAAUGUGCCAAGCCUUGCCAAUUGGGACUCUCAAGAUUCAAAGUCCUUGUUAUAUGUCAUCUGUGAACUACUAGCUCUCUAUAGAAAGCAUCAAGUAUCACUGCUCAGUGACUACUCCAGGCUUCAGUUUGAAUACUCAUCACUUGUUUACCAGACUCCAGUGUGUGAAGAUGAUGUGGAAGUUCUGAUUGGUAGCCGUGGUACAAACAUUAAGUCUCGUCUGAUGGGUGGUGCAGUGAACUUCUUAAUUCGUCUUAAAAUUGACUUCUCUGAUUUGCCUCCAGUGCCAACAGGAGAAGAUUCAGGUGAAUGUGCAGCUGUUCUGGUGGUCACAUUUCAUCCACCUGAAGGUAGUCGAAUCAUCCCACAACUGUUUCUGUCUCCUCGUGUUGAAAAGGCACUCGGAGGCUCAUCUUCAUUCCAUCUGCCUCCAUUUCCAUCUGGGAGCUGUUUGAUGGAUUAUGUUCCUGUUGUGGCUGAACAACUGCGGGACAGAGUGUCUGCAAUGUGUGUCACCUAUGAGAAAAAGAAAGAAUAUCUUGGGGCAUUCUGUUACAGAAUGGGGAAAGCCAUGUUGGAAUUUGAUGCAAUUUCUUUUUCUCGUGCUUCAUUUCUUCUAGAAUGUCGUGAUUUUUACUUUCUUCUCCAUGUGUCACUGCCCAUGCAUUUCCCAAAAGAGCGACCUGUGUUUGUUUUGCAGUCAGUUUACCAUUCUUCAUAUGGCAAACCGUUCAAAUCUAGAUACGAUGAUUAUCCAUACAGUCCUCGGUGGGACCCAAGUGAAAUGGUGGAACGUGCAUGUACAUGUAUCACCAGCUAUGUUGAAGUGUUUCAGAGGAAUUCAAUUCAGAGUUGUCCCAUUUAGGUGAAAGGUCAGCAUACAUUCUUGUACAGUACUGAUAUCUUUUGAAGAUUUUGAUGUGAAUACUUAAAUCAUUGCAGUUCCAAAAGUAGUUGUACCUGGUUGCAGAAUAACAAAGUUCUGCCAUAACAAGAGGUUUUACAACAUGGAAUUGAGAUAUGUCUCAACAGAAUAAGCAGAAAUGAGCACAGGAGUUUAAAGACUUCACAGGAUAUUAUACAAAGUACUAUUUAGAUCCGUGUUGUAUAUAUGUAUCUUUGCAAUAAGGUGACCAAUUACUUAUGCCCCUUUUUGUCAUAAUAAAUUUUUACUGAAGCUUCACAGGCUCACUAAAAUAUAUUCUGUUUAUUUGUCAACAUGUGACAACCAGGUAUGUUACUUUUUAUCACUGAUCACAGUAUUAAAUUCUUUUGAUUACCGGUGAAUAUUUAGCCCACUUGUACAUCAUUAUAUUGACUGAAAUGUUUAUAAAAACUUCAGUAAAUUUAUAAAAAUCAAAUUUUUAAAGGUUUUAUCAUAAACCAUUUGUGUUAUGGUGACGUUAUUAAUUGGUUAUGAACCUCUGUUAUCAGCUUUAACUUGUUUCUUUCAGUAUAACUUUGGUCUAGUUCCUUGCUCAGAAUUAGCAGUCUUGGCUAUGUUUGGUAUCAUGGUACAAAUUUGACUUCUCAGCCAGAGAGUAUUGAUGUUUUCCUUGACACCCAAAAUUUUCCAGACAACUCAUGUAACACUAAUUAUGACAGAAAAAACAAAAAUAUGUGAUAUUAAUAAAUAUGUAAACAAGUUAUUUUUAUUAAUUACCAGAUGCACUGCCAGACAUCACAAGUAACAGAAGUUGCACUACCAGAGUUUAAAUAAAUAUUAAGACCAAAUUAUUGUAUUUCUCCAAUAAAUCUGAUUUU